AUGUCAGCCCUCAGGAGCUCUGGGCUGCCUAUUCGGUCACUUGAUGCCUUUGCAGAUGGCUAUUCUCACACAUAUGGGGGGCGUUGUAGCUUUCCGUUCGGCGAGAUCCCCGAAGCUGUAUUCGGCGGCAGCACGGCGGACUUAACAAGGCUGGCGGCAGCAUUCCAACCAUGCAAGAAGAUAGGACUAAGCUUGGCGCACCACAUACAUAAGAUAGAUUUUCUUAGGACCCAAGAGCACUCUUCAAGGCCAGAGUACGAUUUCGAGUUACCGCCGAGCUACGAAGAAGCCCGGGAGAACACCCGAUCACUCGCACGCCUUCUGAACCUUUGUCCUACUCUCGAGGAACUGCACCUGGCGUGGGAGUAUGACGACUUCGAGGAGACGGCCGGGGUGAGGGAGGAAUUAUACUUUUUCGAUCGGGUAGUAGAAUCUUGCCAGUUCCAGGGCUUGAAGAAGUGUGCCUUGUACGACAUUCGAAUGUCUGAGGCUACGCUCAUGACGUUUUUUCGUCAGCGUACUCGGCUGGUGCACUUGGACUUGGAGCUCAUUCAUAUUGACGGUCACUCCGACGGUCUAUUCAGACUCUUGUCUACGGCGAUGCCAGAGCUGAAUUACUUGCGUCUCCAGUACCUUUACUCCUCCUCUGGAACCAUUUACUUCCCACAUGAGCCGCGAGAUAAUCUUGUGAGAUUCCCAUUAAGUCGGUCAGCACAAAGAUUAAUCCGGAGGGGUGUCGACGCUAGGAGGCCAGUCAUUACCAAGAUUAGGUGA